AUGGACAACUUCACCUCUGAAAUGACUUUCUUCCUCAUGGGGUUUUCUGAUGUCUGGGAGAUCCAGAUUUUACAUGCUGUAUUGUUCCUGAUAAUAUACCUGGCAGCCUUACUAGGAAAUCUUGUCAUCAUCAUUCUCACCACCAAGGAUUGCCAACUACACACCCCCAUGUACUACUUCCUGAAGAACUUGUCCUUUCUGGAUCUGUGCUUCAUUUCCAUCACUGUCCCCAAAUCCAUUGUUAACUCUCUGACUAAUCACAACACCAUCCUUUUCCUGGGGUGUGUUUCACAGGUAUUUUUCUUCUUCUUUUUGGGCUCUACAGAAGUAGCUUUCCUCACAGUGAUGUCCUUUGACCGCUAUGUUGCCAUCUGCCACCCACUUCAAUAUGAAAUCAUCAUGAACCACAGGGCCUGUGUGCAAAUGGCCAUUUCUUCAUGGGUCAGUGGAAGUCUUAGUGCAAUUGUGCAUACAGCUUCCACCUUCUCAGUACCCAUGUGUGGGCCCCAUUUUGUUCAUCAGUUCUUCUGUGAUGUCCCUCAACUCCUUUCUCUUGCCUGUUCUUACAACCUUGGAGAAUUUGUAGUCAUUGGGCUCAACUUUGUGUUAGAUAUUGUUUGUUUUGUGUUUAUUGAUAUUUCUUAUAUUAACAUCUUCUCUACUGUCCUGAAGAUGCCAUCCAGAGAAGGCAGGUCCAAGGCCUUCUCCACAUGCCUGCCUCACCUCAUUGUUGUGACUCUCUUUAUCUCUUUUGGAAUUUUUGCCUAUUUACGCCCCCUUCCCAAAUCUCCAUCUGUCUUUGACUUGCUAGUGUCUGUGUUCUAUACUGUGAUGCCACCCACCCUGAAUCCUGUCAUCUACAGUCUAAGAAAUAAGGAUAUGAAAGCUGCACUAAUGAAAAUGCUAAUGAGCAGACAUUGUUCUUCAAAUUAG